AUGUCUUUUCGGGAAUUACGUUCAUUUGUGGAGACGAUGCGUCUUCUGGGGUACCCUAAUCUUAUCAGCAUGGAAUCUUUCCGCAAUCCCAAUGUGGAGCUAGUGGCUGACUGUUUAUUUUGGCUUAUUAAGCGUUAUGAACCAUCGGCAGAGAUUGUCUAUGAGAUUGAGCGCGAAGGGGAUCGUAUCUUCUUUUUUAAACAAAUAUGUGAAGUUGCCUUGGCAAAGGGACAGAUUAAACUUAACAUCAAAAAGCUUUAUCAAUCCGAUGGAAAUGCUGUACAGGAGAUGUUGAUAUUGGCAAGUGUUCUUAAGAAGGCAAUGAAUGCAACCGAGGCGGAGGAAGCUGACUACACCAGUGUGCAGCAAAUGGUGGCCCAAAAGAAUGUAAAGGAUGCCAAACGUGUACAACAGCUCUGCAGUGACCUCACAAGUGAUGGCAGUGCCCUUUUUUUUCUUAUUGAGGAAGAGAUAUCACAGCGAGGUGAACGGCAACGUGUCUUGUCACGGGCGACAGAAGUGGGGGAAUUUGAGCGACGUCUUCGUGACGUCCUGGCCAAUGUUGGCAAGCAAGUAGAGCAACUGCAGACUACCAUUAUGAAUCUUAGCGCGGAUGAAACGACAUUGGAGCAAAAAAUUGAGAGUAAAAAAACCCAAUUAGAGCGGGCACAGAAACGGUUGAAAUCUCUGAUGGCCGUACGCCCCGCUUUCAUGGAGGAAUAUGAAAAACAUGAGGGUGAUCUACAGUCACAGUUUGUUGUCUACCUUGAACAGUAUCGUAACUUGGAAUACCUGGAGCAUGAGUUAGCCAAAUUCAACGCUGCAGAGGACGCGGUGUUAGAAGAACAUGAGACAAGACUUCGUGUUAUGCGUGAGCGUCUUCGGAAGGAGGAACUGAGUGCGAUUCGUGGAGAGGCGGGACACAAACGUGGUGGAGUCCGUGCAAACGAAGAUUUUCAUACUCUCGCAAAGAAAAUUCACCACAAUAGAAACGUCAACGUCACUGAGGAUGGGGGUGAUGAGUCCAUGGGGGUCCAUGGCUCCCAUGCACAGGACUGGGCAAGAAACGCAGCGGAAGAGGGCAGCAGUGUGAGUGACUCCGGUCCUAGUUCUCGUGUGGAGGAUCUACCGCGACCGCAGGCUGCACUUGGCCGUACAAGACCUUCGCCCUUGGCGUCGGCUGAACUCGCGAUGCGGCGCAAUGGCGGUGGUGAAGUGAACAGCAGAAGUAACAAUAGCGGUACCACGGAUGGCGUUCACCCGGAUUUCCGUGAGGUGGAGCCGUCGUCUACAGACAUGCGGAAGCCACAUUUGGGAGCGUCCAGCUCCUCGUCAGGGUAUGCUGCCAUCGCUCUCACACGCGGCGCGGACACGAGUGAAUAUGCCAUUGAGGACAGUGGGACGGACUUCACAGGGGAUGAUAGCGUCAGCGACUCUGACACCGACAUCGACACCUCUGACAUCAGCACGGAUAGUGAUGACUCUGAGGACUCCAGCAGCAUAUGA